UCAGUUCGCUGUUUACUUAACAUUCGUGGUCCGUGUUGUUGUUUUUUGACCUUCAACACCGCCGCACAGUUGUGUUUCCUAGUGCUGUGUGAGAGGCAGUGACAUUUGACGUGGUAAAGACCAAUAACCUGAUUAGUUAUGACAGAAACAGACUUUGUGUUGGUCGAUGGUGGUUUUGAGACGCAGCUGAGGAAAUACGUGGGCUCUGGCUUUGAAGGUCACCCGCUGUGGAUCUGCCGCUACCUGGUAGAGAACCCUGAAGCAUGUCGUAAAGCGCACCAAGACUACAUCCAAUGUGGAUCGGAUAUGAUUCAGACGAACACGUACCAAGUUACUAUAGAUGGUUUCAAGAAACACCUUGGAUUCGAUCGAGAAAAGACCCUGGAAAUGAUCAAAUCAGCUGUUACAAUCUGCAAGGAAGCAAUAGAUAUCGAGAAAUUCAAAGGUCACAAAAGCUCUGUAUCAACCAUGGGGCUUGUUUGGGCCAUAUGGGGCACACCUCAACAACGGCUGUGAAUAUGCAGGAGGAUUCUACGCCGAUGAUAUGACGAUUACAGAGUUGGCAGACUGGCAUCGUCCCAAGAUUGAAGCCCUGAUAGAAGGAGGUUCUGACUGCUUGAUAAUUGCAACUAUCCCUUCUCUUAAAGAAGCAGAAGCAAUUAUUGAAGUAGUUAAGGAGCAUCCUGGAAUGAAAUUUAUUUUGUCAUUUUCUGCUCAGAACGAGAAAACUAUUUCCCACGGGGAGAAAAUGUCAGAGGUGGCUCAGCGGUGUUGGGAGUUGGCAGCUGAUCAGAUUCUCGCCAUCGGGGUCAACUGUCAGCAUCCACGUUUUCUCGGUACCUC